UGGGAGGGCCUCCCGGAGUGCGGGCUGGAGCUGGUGGCCCGCGGCUUCCCAGCGUAAAGGGACCAGAGCUGUUUGAGCCUUCGGGGUUCGCACGCUUCCGGCUCUAGGGGUCCCUGCCUUCCGCCUCUCUCAACAGCCUGGCCCCGCCCCCUUCCCUCCGGGCCCUGGGGACACGUGCCGUUGGGGUGGGAAUUGGAAGUGAGCGGGUGGGAGGAGGGGCUGCUCCGGUAGUGAUUACGGUAGUUACUCACACCUGUCCUGCUAUCCCCCACAACCCCCCAACGCCGCUCUCCCUGCCCGCAACUCCUUCCCCUCCCCGUCAUUCACCGGGAAGCCUUUGUCUCCCAGCCUCCGAUCCAAGCAAGUGUUCAGGUUUGCAUAAAUGCGGAGGACAAACGUGGCUGAACAGGGAUCCUGAUAUACAGGACAAAAUGCCUACAUUUAAGAUUGUGACUUGGGUAAAUGUGGAUGAGAUGUAAGGGGAAACCACAGUCGUGCGGAAUCAUGGCAAGAGGCACGCAUGGCUGAGCGGCAUUAUGAGCGAUGAGAGUUUACACUCAUUCUCCCUAUUUUCUGGGAUCCUGCAUUUUACAGCCGCUGCGCUUGAAGUCAUGGCAGUGCCUUUUGUGGAAGACUGGGACUUGGUGCAAACUUUGGGAGAAGGUGCCUAUGGAGAAGUUCAACUUGCUGUGAAUAGAAUAACUGAAGAAGCUGUUGCCGUGAAAAUUGUAGAUAUGAAGCGGGCCGUAGACUGUCCAGAAAAUAUUAAGAAAGAGAUCUGCAUCAAUAAAAUGUUAAAUCAUGAGAAUGUAGUGAAAUUCUAUGGCCACCGGAGGGAAGGCAAUAUCCAGUAUCUAUUUCUGGAGUACUGUAGCGGAGGAGAGCUUUUUGAUAGAAUAGAACCAGACAUAGGCAUGCCUGAACAAGAUGCUCAGAGGUUCUUCCAUCAACUCAUGGCAGGAGUGGUUUAUCUGCAUGGAAUUGGAAUAACUCACAGGGAUAUUAAACCAGAAAACCUCCUCUUGGAUGAAAGGGAUAAUCUCAAAAUCUCUGACUUUGGCUUGGCGACAGUGUUUCGGCAUAAUAAUCGUGAACGCUUACUAAACAAGAUGUGUGGUACUUUACCUUACGUUGCUCCAGAGCUUCUAAAGAGAAAAGAAUUUCAUGCAGAACCAGUUGAUGUUUGGUCUUGUGGAAUAGUACUUACUGCAAUGUUGGCUGGAGAGUUGCCGUGGGACCAGCCCAGUGACAGCUGUCAGGAAUAUUCUGAUUGGAAAGAAAAAAAAACCUAUCUCAAUCCUUGGAAAAAAAUUGAUUCUGCUCCUCUGGCUUUGCUUCAUAAAAUUCUAGUUGAGAAUCCAUCAGCAAGGAUUACCAUCCCAGACAUUAAAAAAGAUCGAUGGUACAACAAACCAUUUAACAGAGGUAAAAAAGAAAGCACACUCAUUUUCUUCUGUGAAACAUGCUUAACAAAAUACCACAAACCCAUUGAAGAAAAUGUGAAGUUCUCUAGUUCCCAGCCAGAGCCACGGACAGGGCUUUCCUUGUGGGACACUGGUUCCUCCUAUGUUGACAAACUGGUACAAGGCAUCAGCUUUUCACAGCCUACGUGUCCUGAUCACAUGCUUGUAAACAGUCAGUUACUUGGGACCCCUGGGUCCUCACAGAACCCCUGGCAGCGCUUGGUCAAAAGAAUGACACGCUUCUUCACCAAAUUGGAUGCAGACAAAUCUUACCAGUGCCUGAAAGAGACCUUCGAGAAGUUGGGUUAUCAGUGGAAGAAGAGUUGUAUGAACCAGGUCACUGUAUCAACAACUGAUAGAAGAAACAAUAAGUUGAUUUUCAAAAUAAAUUUUGUAGAAAUGGAUGAGAAGAUACUGGUUGACUUCCGGCUUUCUAAGGGCGAUGGAUUAGAGUUCAAGAGACACUUCCUGAAGAUUAAAGGGAAGCUGAGUGAUGUUGUGAGCAGCCAGAAGGUUUGGUUUCCUGUUACAUGAUGAAGCUGUCAACUCUGGAGAUCCCUGGUGAUUCUAGUGCUGCUAUGUUGACAUUAUUCUUCCUAGAGAAGAUUAUCCUGUUCUGCAAACUGCAAACAAUAGUUUUUGAAGAGUUCUCUUCCUAUUAUCCAAACAUCUUCCAAUUCUGAGUAUGUUUUACAUACAAAUAAUACUGUAUCUUAAUUGUAUGUAAUACUUUGGGGAAAGGAUGGAUCAAAUUCAUUAGGUAUUUCUCCAGCUGUGUUUAAAUGGUCUGAAUUUGAAACCUAUCCGGUAGAAACCAACUUUUGGGAUGCAUGAGUUUGCAAGCUUUUAUACCAAUGUAGUAUGACUUCUGUUAAAAAAAAAAAAAAGAAAAGAAAAUGAGAGCAUUUUGCUUCGUUCUAAGAAAACAUGUUUCUUUUGUGCUAUUUAAUUGUAAGGAUGAAUAAACAAAGACCAUGUACAGUUGAUUGAUCCAUGAAGCGAGCCCGCUACAAAGAGUGCAUCCCAGGAUAUGUGCUGUAUUUUCACUUUGGGUGUGUGCGCUGCACAAGGGCUUGACCAAUUCUAGAAAACUGUUGUUGAGUUAUAAUGAUUAAAAUGACAAGCUUUUCCCCCUGGUGUAGCUAGUCAAGUAUAAAGUACUGGUUGGUCUUUGAAGAAGUUGAACACAAGCUCUAGUGCUUAUCUUACUUUAAAUUAAACACUUGAAUAACUUUUUUUACAUUCACAGUCAUAUUUUAACUCUAGAAAUAAAUUCUAUUUUUAAAAUCAA